GAGAUCGUCAAUUCCUCCAAGCCGUCAAAAUCUACUUUAAAUGUUGAGUCCUGAGACCAAGGAAUGAAGAACAAGGGCCAACCUUUUCUGACGAAGAAUCGUUCGAUGACCUGGCAGACGCGUUUGAAUCGUCAUACAACUUUCGAUUCGAAGAACCGUAAGUACACGCAGUCUUCACUGUGUUAAUGAUUCCGCCCGUGUCUGGCCACCACUUACGAAUUGAUCGAACACCGGUUAUAAAUCAGCGAUGGUGCUCUCAUCCCCUCCCACCCUCGCAACGUCCCUUCCGUUCGGCGGGAGUCCACCACCCGCCAGGAAGCCCGGCAACGAAAGAAAGAAAGAAAGGAUGCCGAGAAAAAGGAGAUGAUCACUGCAAGGAAGGAAGAGAUCAGGCGUGAACGCGAUGGAAUCGAAAAACGUCUUGCACACGAGCUAGCUGAGGAGCCUGGACACGAGGAGGAAAAUAUUGGAGAACAAAAGAAAUUGAAGCAGGAGGGGAAGAAGGGCGAACUAGCCCGUCUCAAAGACCUUCAGACUAAGGACCUCCUGCGCAAGUUGGAACAGGUAAGUGCAGAAGGUGGAUUGAAAGGUGUCGACAAAGAGGCUCUCGUGGGGCUUGACCUUGACGCGCCUUGGGACCCAGAAAAGCAUGACAAGCAGAUGGCCGCCCUAUAUGCUACAGACGAUUUUGACAAUGACGCGGACGUGGAGAAGCCGACAUGGGAUGACGACAUCGACACCGAUGAUAUUAUUCCACCAACUGGCACGAUGUCGAAAGAGGAGCUGAAGAAGAUUAAGAAGAGAGAGAAAAAGAAAGCGAAGAGGAAAAGAGGUGAUUCUGACGAAGAGGAUGGGGUCGAUAUAGAUGCCAUGGACGUGGAUGCCGACGGAGGCGAUUGGGAGGAGGCAGACGGAGAAGAGUGGGACGGUACUGAAGAAAUGCGGAAGCGCAAAAUGGAUCAAUAUAUGGAGGAAGUCGUGAAUCGCCUAGGGUUCAAUGACAUUACGGCCCACAUACCCACACGUUUUCACUACAUACAAACAGCCGCAGAUGAUUAUGGCCUGUUGCCAGCCGAGAUCCUUCUCGCCAAGGAUGCGGAACUUAAUUCGUACGUCGGCCUUAAGAAGAUGGCACCAUACCGGCGCACAGGAGCGUCAGGAAAGGGCAAGGAUUGGGAUCCGAAGCGUAAUGAGCGUCUUAAGGAGUUCCGGCAGACGUUGCAGGCACGCAUUGGCAGUGGAUAUUCAGGGGGUUGGUCCAUUGGCGCGGAUGGAAGACGGACAGGGGACGGAGCUGAAAAUGGAAAGAAGAAACGGCUUGGAAAGAAAGAAAGGGCCAAAUUGAAAGAUGAGGCAGGGGACAAAACAGCUGCGCACGGUGGAGCAGAGCAGCCCCUCGGUGAACCCAUGGAUGGACCAUCCAAGAAGUGGGAAUAUGAAGACCAAGCUCCAAGUAUCUCUGAAGAGAACAGAGCACCUCAGAAAAAGCGUCGUCGACAUCGCAAGAAGGCGACCUCGAAUAGCGAUCGCCCGACAUAGUAUAUAAGCCCCUAUCUUUGUGUACAUACAAAUACAAACACCCGUCCUUCCUAAUUUGGGCAUGC